AUGCCGUCCGAUCAGAUAUUCCCGACCUACCUCGUCCCCUCGUUUCCUUUCUCCUCUCCCUUCCGCUGGCGACAACAGUCCACCUCAAGCACCAGCUCCGAAACAUCUGAGAACUCUUCGCGCUCGUCCCCUAACCCAGAUCCACAGAUCCACAAGGAAGAGCGCCUGUGCCGUAGCCAACCCGAUACGCUGAAAUGUCUUACCUGUGCAACAGACAUUGCUUUUGCAUCACAGAUCGUGAGUAAAGGCUUUACUGGCCGCCACGGCCGCGCAUAUCUCGUGUCUCCGCCUGCGAGACUCCCAUCCUCUCAUAAGAAGAAGAACCACAAGUCUACGGACUUAGUAAACAUAAGAAUAGGCCGAGCGGUAAACAGGGAGUUGUUGACAGGAGAACAUGUCGUGGCCGAUGUGAGCUGUGCCAUAUGUCAGACUGUGUUGGGGUGGAAGUAUGUUGAUGCGAAGGAACAGGGCCAGAGAUAUAAGAUUGGGAAGUAUAUCUUGGAGACCAAGAGAGUGAUCCCGAGUGUGAGCUGGGAAGAUGGGACGGAAGAGCCAGAGCUUGAGCAGGCGGAGGGAGCAGACAGGGAUAGUGAUGAAGCCAUUGUCUUUGACGAGGAUGACGAGGACGAGUGUGAGGAUCUGUUCAACGGGAUCUGGGACCCAAAGGUGGUAGCCAAGAGGAGAUCGAGAAAAGUCAAGAGGAAGGUUGAUCCAAGUAGCUGAGGGAUGGCAAUCAUGGCGUGGAGUGAGUGGUAUACUGGCAUGACAGAGCAGGGGAGGGGCCCUGUUACGUAAUGGUCUGGGCUGAGAUGGCGCUCUCCCGUCUAUCCGGACCCGUUCAUCUUUUGGGGAAUCUUGGUCACUACUAGAUUGUCUCUUCUUCGGGGUAUGGGGAUGUGAUGGCUUAAGGAGUACAGCAGGACACAUCCUUCCUACAAGAUUUGCACGCUUUACGAUCUACUUUUAUUUACUCACAUAUACCCCUAAUAAAUAGUUCUAAUACAAAACAU